AUGGAGGGGCACGAAGCAAAUAUAAGUACGAACGUGCGCGCUGUACGGCCUUUUGUCCCCGGCGUCGUGGUGCACUAUACUCUGUCGGAUGUGCAGGACAUGGGGAUUAUUGCCUCAAUCACAGAGCUUUCUCCAGCUCUCAGGGAAAGCUAUUACGGUGACAGCCAUGAACUUACAUGCCUCGUGCGAAGCGAAGACCAAGGAAGGCUCGUCUACCAUUUAAUACCAGAAAAGGACAUAUCUUUGGCCACACGGGACUCUCUGACUGGAGCACCCCAAACCCCAACCGUUAUCUCUUUCCUAUCUCUGCUGAAUAUAGGGGAAAUUUGUCCAGAGCAAGUCUUCGGCCAACAUGUUUUAAUUUAUCAUCCAACGUAUAAAAGCCCAAGUCCCUGUGGGACAUUGGGCGUUCCUCUUAGUCCAAUGUUUUUGACCAGCAUAAACCAUAGCUUCACACUCAGGUAUCUCAAAACUUUGGCAUUAAAACUACAAAGAGAACCGACCCUACUUUGUCUCCGUGAUCUCUGGCGUUUCCUUACCUUGCACGACUACGAUCAAAAGCUAGAAGAGCCAGAUCCCAAGGAUACCUUCACGUGCAGAACCCCAAGUGUGGCUAACUAUAGCACCAAGGGAAGUGAUACAUUAGGGAACUUUAUCAUCAAUGAGUACAGUAGAUGCUAUAAUAUCCACGGUGUUGAGCUUUCAGUGGGCGAUAUCUGCAGAGUAACUGGAGCUUUGCAGCCCGUGAGGAUAGACAGAAUCUUGGAGAUGGGCCCGAAUGGCACCGGUGGCCAUUCCACAGAUCAAAAGAUAUACAUAUAUGGACUCACGUACCUCAGCGAUUCCCGCAGUACCUCAGAUAUUGUGCCCUGUGUUUAUCCUGUCUCCUUGGUCGAGCAGCUGGUAAGCACAGAUUCAACCAGCUUUGCUGAAGAGUUCCAAAUAGAUUCUGAUGUGUAUGAUCUCUGGACACUGGUCACAGCAGAACACAUUCAAGAGGAAAAUCAUUACAUCGCUACAAUAGAUAUGCAAACAGGAUUCAACUUUGUGAGUGCACUGGAUGUCUACCUUUCCCCCAAUGACGCUGAGGUUACAUAUGCUACUCCGAUCGAGUGCUCUCUGUGUAGGUAUCUCUAUGUUCAAGGAAACAUUUAUAAAAUACCUACCGGAGAGCAUGUAGCUUCAUGGAAGCACGGACGUGAUGGAAGUGUUACUAUUCACGAACAAGAUCCGAACUCAGAGCCCAGUCCGGUCUCGUUCUUUGAUUUGAGAAAGUCAUAUGACGCAGAGCAGUCUGUCGUCACACAGGAGCCGUGGCUUUACACAGCUCCGUGCACAUACACAUAUAGCAAGGUCACGGACAGAUCCCUUAAUGAGCUGUUAGAAUUGGCGGAACGCAUAUUGGAGAGGACCAGUAACAUUGCUGUCGCUAGGAAAUUCCAGUGCUGCUACUGUGGUGAUGCACUGACAGGGGAGGAUAGGGUUGCUGGCCCAUUUAUCUAUGCAUUGGUGAAGUGCCCUACGCCACUGUUUUUAGCACAGUAUGUGCCUCCGGUGCUCUUCGUGGCCCACCACUCUUGUGCUUUCUAUACCCCAGAGGUAGCAUUCCUUAAAGCCAAGGACCUCAAGUCAGAGCAUACUCGAAUCUUGUCAGAAAAGCGCUUCGACCUUACUGUAGCUAAGCGCGUCACAAGAAAUCAGACCCCAAUACCUCUGAUCGUCCAGGCAACAGCCCUUGACCGUGUCCUUCGGGCACUGCUCACAGAGUUUAGUCCACGUGUCUACCUCAACUUCAGGAAAACAUUCAAGAAGAAUCGCAUUGAGCUUAGUUGCUCCAUUUGUGGAAAGCCAGGCGCCUUGAUAGGAUGUUAUAACAAAGCAUGCCAGUUUACGGCCCACUAUCCCUGUGUAGUAAGUAAGGGAUUGGUCAUAACCGAAAAGAGAGAGAUGUACUGCAAACGUCAUUCACGAUGCUCAACUUAA